CUACAUGUGGUUCAGAAAAUAGCACCAGUUGAUCCGCUUCACCGGUCAACCUGCAGGGGGCGGCGACGAGCCGCUCAAAAUAAACCCACGAACAAGAACGUGAGCUUCGCCAUGGCGGAAACAGAGCAGCAGCCAGGAUCAACUCCUGAAGAUGAAGCAGCUGAAGCAGCUGCCGGCGUUGCCUUCAUAGUGCCCAAGAAAGAGAUCAGCAUGGUGCCUGACAUGGGGAAGUGGAAACGCUCUCAGGCCUACGCUGAUUACAUCGGCUUCAUUCUGACGCUGAAUGAAGGCGUGAAGGGAAAAAAACUCACCUGUGAAUAUAAAGUUUCUGAGACGGUGGAGAAGCUGUUAGAUCUUCUGGAGACUCUGGAUCGAUGGAUAAAUGAAACUCCUCCUGUCGACCAGCCGUCACGUUUCGGUAAUAAAGCCUACAGAACCUGGUUCUCCAAACUAGACCAGGAAGCAGAAGCUUUGGUGUCGACGGUGUUACCACCUGAAAAAGCUGCAGCGGCUCCAGAAAUCGCCGUUUAUCUGAAAGAGUCUGUUGGAAACUCGACCAGGAUAGACUAUGGAACCGGUCAUGAAGCAGCUUUCGCAGCGUUUCUCUGCUGCCUCUGUAAAGUCGGAGCUCUGAGAGUCGACGAUCAGCUGGCCAUCGUCUUUAAAGUCUUUAACCGGUAUCUGUCGGUGAUGCGGAAGCUGCAAAGGACCUACAGGAUGGAACCGGCCGGAAGCCAAGGAGUCUGGGGGCUGGACGACUUCCAGUUCCUGCCUUUUAUCUGGGGCAGCUCCCAGUUCAUAGAUCAUCCGACUCUGGAGCCUCGACACUUCAUAGAUGAGAGGGUGGUGAACGAACACCACCAGGACUACAUGUUCCUGGAGUGCAUCAAGUUCAUCAACGAGAUGAAGACGGGUCCAUUUGCUGAACACUCCAACCAGCUGUGGAACAUCAGCGCCGUUCCUUCCUGGUCCAAAGUCAACCAGGGUCUGAUCAGAAUGUACAAGGCCGAGUGUUUGGAGAAGUUCCCGGUGAUCCAGCACUUCAAGUUCGGCAGCCUGUUAUCCAUCCAGCCGGCGAAGCCUUGAUGCUCCUGGAGGAAGUCGAUGGAACCGACCAAAAACCCAACCGUUGGUUCCAGUGGUCUGGUUUUUGUUCAGUCUCAUCGGGUUCCUCCGAUUGGAACCGACCAGAAACCCGACCAUUGGAACCGACAGUUCUUCCCUCGUGUGCAAACCCAACAGUAGCAGCAGAUAAAACCACAUGUAGUUCGACGCUCGCAUCCCCACGUGGCCACCGAAGCAUCCUUAAGUUUCCUGCGGAGCGUUUGAGGACAACCGGAGAUCCUGGAGCUUCGAUAUUUUCGUCUUAUUUAUAAAAGGGAUGGAAUUGGAACCAGGAUCCUGCUAGACGGAUUCUCAUUACUUCACUUGUUUGAAUUUACCUCAGAUCCUCGUUCAUGACUUCAAGGACUUCUUCCAGAUCUCGUAGUUCCUUCGAUUUUAUUUCUUGCUUUUUGAGGCCAAAUGUUUGAAUUGAGCUGCAGAUAUUCCACUAAUUAAAUUCACCCAAACAUGAUGUGAAUGAUUUGCAACCAAACAAUAGCUUUUGUUUAGUUUUUUUUUCCGUUUGGUGGGAAAAGUAAAGAUUUUCAAAGCAUCUCAUCCGAACUGGAUUGUACAGAAUCACCGUAAAUUCAUUAAAAGUCCGUUUAGGUGAAAAUCUCUGCAUGGAAUCUCUCUUUGUGUUCUCCAAUGUCCCGUUGGUUUCCAGUAAAUCUUGUAAAUCGAGAACCCGUGAAUAAACUCGUGGUUGUGCUGUGCAGAUCGUUUCCUCUAAAUUCUCUCCCUGACAGGUAGUUUUUUUAUGAAGGACUAAGGUUUUACAUGUGUUUCUUUCCACUGGCGUGUUUUCAACAUCGUGGCAUAUUAUGCUUUUUAAUUUAAUAAAAGAAAAGCUAUUUUUGAGACCUGAAA